AUUUUGAGACAAAUGGAGGCCAAAGACAACCCUUUGUUCCAGAGAUUAAUGAAGAAACACCAGAAAUUAUCAUUCUCAAGCUCGGAUGAGUCUGAAAAUAGCUCGAAUGGGGACAUGAGUGAUGAAGAGAAGGAAGUAAAUAUAGAAAAUGUGGGAAAAGAGAAAAAGGAGGAAGAAAUGGAUGUUUUAGAGGAUAACAAUAAGGAAAAUUUUAAUACUAAUAACUUGGAUGGUAAGCAUGAAGAGGAGCAGGAUGGAGAAGGAAAAAUUACAAUUGCGGAUUUAUUAGAAGAUGUUCAAUCAUAUCAACCAAAGGAUAACAAAAUGGAUGAAGUCUUUAACUUCGAGCCAGAAAACAAAUCUGAUACUCAUAAUCAGCCCUCAGAAGACGAAAAAUCCAAUAGCAAAUCAGAAGACCAUACCUCCCAUCACGACUCCGAUAAUGUUUCCAGCACAACUUCAGAAAACGACGAAAUAGAACAUAAGUUCCAAGAAGACCUUAAAAAAUCACAGAAUAUCAACAAUUCCUGCAACAACUCCAAUGAUGAGGAAGAGAAAGAGUCUCCACAAAAGAAAAAUGCAGACAAUUUUCAAAAAGAUGACCUGGACUCUGAAAUGACAUCGAUAAUUCCAGAAGACACCCCUUCCAAAAUGUCAGACAUGAACACAGAGGAGCCUAAGAUAGCUGGAAUAGAAACCCUCAAUAGCCUCUUUCAAAAGCAUGACGAGGGCUUAGAAGCCCUUUUCCAAGCAAAAUCUGACAAAGAAGAAUCUGACAAAGAUCAAUCAGAUAGCGAGGAAAGCUCCUCUUCAAGUUAUGAUGACACAGAAAGAGUAGAGGAAAAGAUCAAAGAGAAGCAAGCAAAGCAGAAUCUGCCUGCUUCUAUAGGCAACCCUCAAGUUAAUCCAAAGUUCGACAAGAGCAUUCCUGUUCAUGACAAAAUGAUGCAGCUUUAUUUCAAAGCUGAUGAAUACAUAGAAGAAGCUAGUUGAGAGCAGUCUCUGCUCUCAACAGCCAGAGUUGAUGUCCCGGCGAGCCCUGAGAAGCACAACAUCACUGAAGAGGAAGAAAGCGAAAUUCCUCUAGAUUUUAGCAGGAUUUCUCCAGAUGACGAUAAAGUUCAGUUCAAAUAAAGAACUGGAAAUCGGGUCCAAUUUCCUCUCAGAAUCAGAGGAAAAGCCCUCUGCAAUCAAGAAAUCAUUCAACUAUGACCAGCCUGCUGGUGAGAAAUUCAGGAAGCUGAACUACUCCGAUAGUGAAGAUGGAGAGUUUUACAAGAAUGACUUCCAACAGAAGAUGCAAGAGGAUCCCGAGGUUCAGGAUACCAUGCAACAGUUUUUUGGGUAUGAGAAAGUAGACAAACCCAUCCCAUAUGUCCCGGAAAAAGCGUCUGAACAUCCUAAGAGAUGUUACAACAAGAAAUCUGAUGCUCUCCUUAAUAUGGCUAAGAUUAUGACUAACUAUAAACGAAUUCAAAUGCUGCACUGCUUCAAGAAGCUCAACCUAGAAGUAGUAGUCGGGAAGUACACCCACAAAAUACAAAGUGCAGCUGCCAUGGUUGACAAGAUGUCUAAAUUUUCCAGAAACUUCAUAGCAAUUAAUUCGCUUAGUUCAGUCUUCAAAAAGAAAAGUAUCAAAAAUCUUGCUAAAAGAUUCCAGCAUUGGAAAUGCUUAACAAAAUUGUCCUCUCAGAGCCAAAAGGAGAAAACUCAGGAGCUUCACAGUGAGUCAGAGCAAAAGAUUUUGAAUGCAUACAAAGAUUCAGUAGCAAAGCUUGAAAUGAUAGAGCAACAAUACUCUCAAGAGAACAAUAAGCUCAGGAACCAGCUUCAAGGAGCCCUAAAGGAAGUCGAUUCACAAAAGAGCCUAAUCACAACCCAGAAAAAGACGAUAAAGAACCUUGAAAGUCUGUCAAACACUGUUUCAGAGGCGGUCUGCCCUAGGUGAAAUAUUUCCCUAGAGGACUCGAUGGUCCUCAAACAUGAAGAUAUGCACGAAGUUGAUAAAGACAAGAUUCAGAAACUUGAGCAAGCUCUACAACAAAAAGAUCGAGAAAUGAACAACAUAUUCAAACAUCUUGAGGAGAAGAAUCACCAUGAGCGUAUGUUUAAGCAAGAAAUUCACAUGAAGAACCAGCAGAUUAUCCAAAUGGAGAAGGAACGGUUCGGUAUCAUCAAUGAAAACAAGCAGCUCCGGAUAGAAAGAACUAAUUUCUCUGAACAACUCAAGAUCUUACAAGACAGCAUCAAGAAUUUGAAAAAGUCAAAGCUAAAAGAUGACAAGCUAAUGAUUGAUGCCUACAUUCAAACUGGGUCUAAAGUGGUCGAUGCCUGCACCCAGUCGGAAGAAUUCAAGGUACAAGAGGAAAUUCCAAGACCAAAAAUCCCUUCAGAAGCUCCAUCAAACUUAAAAAGAGGGGGGAUCGCAAGAAAAAAUAGCAAAAGAGGCAUGAAAAGACCUCCUUCAAAACUUUCAUUUUCGAAGAAUUCACCUCCUUCAGUCCCAGAGAGUCCUUCUCCAAGUAAUUUCAGUCAUACAACUGCUGGAAGAGACUCAGAGACUCUUGCGAAUGAACUGAUCUUGCUAAAUCGAGAAGUCUCAAACCUCAAAGCCCAGCUGAGGAAGAGCCUGAAAUCCAUGAAAUUGCUUGAAAAGGAAAAGAAUACUCUAAGUAAAAACUAUGAAACCAAGCAAAAGAACUAUGACAUCCUCAAAGAAGAGGCUGAGGCACUCAUGGAGACAUUGUCUACUGAUAAAUACAAGAAGAUUAGAGUGAUAGAGUCAGAGAAAAACAAGUACCAAAAAUUAGCCCAAGAGCUCCAGAAGGCCAUCUCCAGAGAACAUGAGAUGAGGGAAAUUCAAGAUCAGCAUAUCGCUGAGCUAGAAAAUAGACUGAGAGCAUCUCAAAAUUAAUAAUUCAGAUAUUUCAACAAUUCUUA